GGAGUAUGUAAGGCAAAGAACCUUUUCUGUCAAACACAAGUGAGGCGUAGAAGUGAAAGUAAACCAACCGAGGAAAACAAGCUAGAAGCAGAGAUAAGCAAGAUGGCUUCAAACAUCCCACAGUCUGAGGCCGAGUGCACAUGUCCUGUGUGCUGUGACAUAUUUACUGAUCCUGUUCUGUUGCUGUGUGGCCACAGCUUCUGCCAGCAUUGCUUACAGGAGUGGUGGAGACAGAGCUCACUGAGGACAUGCCCGGUCUGUAAGGAGAUGUUUCAUAUGACUCAUCCGCCUCGAAAUCUGGCCCUGAGAAACCUGUCUGACUCAUUGAGGCAGGAGAGGAGCAAGAGAGCUGGAUCCAAGGAGAUUUGUUUAUUGCAUGGUGAGAAGUUGAAACUCUUCUGUCAGGAUGACCAACAAUCCAUCUGUGUGAUUUGUCGGGAUUCGAAAACACACACAAAACACAAAUGUGUUCCCAUUAAUGAAGCAGCAAAGGAGUACCGUAUUAAAAUUCAGAUAAAUGUUAGCAGCCUGAAAACUAAGCAGGGAGUUUUUGAGAAGCAAAAAACUAAUUGGGAGAACAUGGCAACCCUGAUUAAGCUACAGGCUCAGCAGACAGAGAAAACCAUCAGAGGAGAGUUUCAGAAACUGUAUCACUUCCUGAGAAAAGAGGAGGCAGGCCGGAUAGAUGCGUGUCGGAGAGAAGCAAAACUUAAGAGUGACGCAAUGAAUGUCAGGAUUAUAAACCUAACUGCAGAGAUUUCUGAGCUCAAGGAAAAAAUCAAAACCAUGGAAGAUCAGAUAAGAGCAGAAGACCUGUCAUUCAUCCUGUGUGCAAAAUCAACACUGGAAAGAUCUCUGUGCAAGCUACAAGAGCCAAAGACCCCAGAAGGAUGUCUGAUUGAUGUGGGUCAACAUGUUGGAAACCUUCAGUUUUCAAUCUUACAAAAGAUGGCUGGAAUAGUAACAUACACCCCUGUAUUUUUGGAUCCUAACACCUGUGAUAGUUCUCUGACUGUAUCAGAAAACUUAACCAGUUCAACAAAAAGUGAUAAGAAUCAUCCAUCUUACUCCAACCCUGAGAGGAUGUCUGGUCGAAACCUUCUCGGCUAUCAAGGUUUUAACUCUGGGAUGUAGAGGUGAAGGUGGGUGAUUUCUGGGCUGUGGGUGUGGCUGAUAAAACUACGAAGGACCGAUGGGCCAUGUAUGUCUGUGUUUGUACCGGUGUUCUA